UCUAUACAGAAAAAAGAGAUAUCUAUAUCUAUAUACAUAUAAUUAUAAUUAUAAUAAUUAACUUUUGUUUUAUUGAUAAAUUAAUUAAUUUGGAAAUUAAGAUGGCGAAAUCAGUGAGUCCAAAUGCGAUUGAAACUAUAUUAUCAAACCCUAACCCUGAAUCAACUGCUAAUUUGCCUGAAAUUGUUGUUCAAGUUCUCGAUAUCAAGUCUGCUGGUAACCGAUAUACGUUUAGUGUAAGUGAUGGAAAAAAGAAGUUGAAGGCCAUGUUACAGUCAAGUUUGUCAACUGAAGUUAUCAAUGGAAACAUUCAAAACUUGGGUCUUAUUCGUAUCGAUGACUACACGCUUAACGACAUCCCAAACAAGAACGAAAAGUAUUUAAUUGUGACAAAAUGUGAAGCCGUUUCGCCCGCUUUGGAAGCGGAAUUCAAGGUAGAGGUGAAACGUGAAGUACCAGGCAUUUUGUUGAAGCCAAAGCAAGAUGUUGUUACAAAAUCAGCUGCUCAAAUUAUUCAUGAGCAGAAUGGGAAUAGUGCACCUUCUGCACGAAUGGCAAUGACUAGGAGGGUUCAUCCAUUAGCCUCCCUACACCCUUACCAAGGAAACUGGACUAUUAAAGUUCGGGUCACUGCUAAAGGAACCAUGCGUAAUUACAAGAACAUGAAAGGGGAAGGUUGCGUUUUCAACGUGGAGCUAACCGAUGAAGAUGGUACUCAAAUACAAGCAACAAUGUUUAAUGAGGCUGCAAGGAAGUUCUUUGAUGUGUUUCAAAUGGGGAAAGUUUAUUACAUAUCUAAAGGCACAUUGAAAUUGGCUAACAAGCAAUACAAGACUGUACAGAAUGAUUAUGAGAUGACUUUGAAUGAAAAUUCUCAAGUGGAAGAAGCGAUGAAUGAAGCGGCUUUUAUUCCCGAAACUAAGUUCAACUUUGUCCCAAUUGAUCAGUUAGGACCAUACAUCAACCAAAAGGAACUUGUUGAUGUUAUUGGUGUCGUGCAAAGUGUAUCUCCAACUAUGAGCAUUCGUAGGAAAAUUGAUAAUGAGGCUAUUCCAAAGCGUGACAUAGUCAUUGCAGAUGACACGAAGAAGACAGUAGUUGUGUCGCUGUGGAAUACUCUUGCUACUGAUCUUGGUCAGAAAUUGUUGGAUAUGGCUGAUGAGUCACCAAUAGUUGCAAUCAAGUCUCUAAGGGUGUCAGAUUUCCAAGGUGUAUCUUUGUCAACUUUAAACAAAAGUAUCAUAGAAAUUAAUCCAGAUUCCCCGGAUUCUCAAAAGUUGAAAUCAUGGUAUUCAUCUGAAGGCAAAGAGACUUCCAUGGAAUCAGUUGGUUCUGGCUUAAGUCCUUUAAUGAAAACUGGUGGCCGAUCUAUGUACUCUGACCGGGUGACCCUUGAACAUAUAACUAGCAACCCGUCUUUGGGUGAAGAUAAGCCGGUAUUCUACAAUGUGCGAGCUUGUAUGAGUUUGAUUAGGACUGAGCAAGCUAUGUCAUAUCGAGCAUGCAAAACAUGUAACAAGAAAGUUAAUGAAGCUCUUGAUUCUGGUUACUGGUGUGAAGCAUGCCAAAAGAACGAUGCUAGCUGCAGUUUGAGGUAUAUAUUGAGUGCAAAGUUUUCUGAUGCAAGUGGUGGAGCUUGGUUUUCUGUUUUUAGUGAAGAUGCUGAGAAAAUAAUUGGCUGCUCGGCUGAUGAGCUUGAUAAAAUGAAGUCACAGGAUGACUUGAGUGAGUUCCAGACUCAACUUAAAAAGGCAACAUGGGUGCCACAUCUUUUGCGAGUAAUGGUCGCACCACGAGAGUACAAUAAUGAGAAGAAACAAAGAAUUACAGUCAAGUCUGUUGCUCCAGUUGAUUUUGCAGCUGAAUCUAAGUUUUUGCUGGAUGAGAUAUCUUCAAUGAAAGCUUAAAUAUAUUAUUGGUCUCUUUAUUAAGUCAGCUCCAUGUUCUAAAAAGAUGUAUUUACGUAAACUUAGUUUUUGGUGAUAAUUAUUAGGCUUAUUAUGUUGGAUU